UCUUCCCUCUUCAUCAAAUUACCAGGAGAGAGAAAAACACACAAAAAAACCAAAUCUUUUCCCUUAAUCAUCACGCCUUCCCCUGUUUUCAAAGCAAAAACAGAGCAACCCAGUUCCAACAAAAAUGGGUUGUACAAAGGAAGAAGAAGAAUUCACAAACUCACCCCUGAAAAUGGUGGAAAUUGAGGGUCCUAUUAUAGUCGGGGCAGGCCCAUCUGGGUUAGCGAUAGCGGCGUGUUUAUCAAAACAGGGGAUACCUUCCUUAAUCCUAGAAAGAUCAGAUUGCAUUGCUUCUUUGUGGCAACAAAGGACUUACGACCGUCUCAAACUUCACUUACCAAGAAAAUUCUGUGAGCUCCCAUUAAUGGGGUUUCCCAAAGAUUUCCCAAAGUACCCUUCGAAGAAACAGUUCAUUUCUUACAUGGAAUCCUAUGCUGCAUUCUUCAACAUUGUCCCUGUUUUCAACCAGGAAGUCGAAAGCGCCAUGUUCGACCCUGAAGCGUCCAAGUGGAGAGUUAAGAUCAAGGAAAUGAAAGAAAAUGUGUACGUUUCUAGGUGGGUGAUUGUUGCUACAGGGGAGAAUGCUGAUCCUUUGAUACCUGAAAUUCAAGGGAUUGACAGAUUUCAAGGGAGGCUUUUGCAUACAAGUUUGUAUAAGUCUGGGGUUGAGUUUGGUAAUCAAAGGGUUUUGGUAAUUGGGUGUGGGAAUUCUGGCAUGGAAGUUAGUUUGGACCUUUGUAGAUACAAUGCUAUGCCUUUCAUGGUGGCUAGAAACUCUGUGCAUGUUUUGCCAAGGGAAAUGUUCGGUUUCUCCACAUUUGGAGUUGCAAUGACUUUGUUGAAAUGGUUCCCUUUGAGAUUAGUUGAUAAGUUACUCCUCUUGGUGGCGAAUCUUACCUUGGGUAACACCGAUCAGUUUGGCCUCCGCCGGCCCAAGACCGGUCCGCUCGAGCUUAAGAACGCCACCGGGAAGACUCCCGUGCUUGAUGUGGGUGCACUCUCGUUAAUCAAAUCAGGGAAGAUUAAGGUGAUGGAAGGAGUAAAGGAGAUUACAGAAAAUGGGGCCAAAUUUAUAGAUGGUCAAGAGAGAAAAUUUGAUUCCAUAAUAUUGGCAACUGGAUAUAAGAGCAAUGUGCCCUUUUGGCUCAAGGAUUGUGAGUUUUUUAGUGAUGAUGGGAUGCCAAAAGUAGCAUUUCCAGAUGGGUGGAAAGGAGGGAAAGGAUUGUAUACGGUUGGAUUCACGAGAAGAGGUCUGUUGGGGACUGCAUCAGACGCUAUUAAAGUCGCUCAAGAUAUUGCUGAUCAAUGGUGGAACACAAAUCAACGGCCACAAGGCUAAUGAUAGUACAAAGUAAUUAGUCAUCAUAGGAAAUGAGGGCAGUUAAUAAAAAAUGAAAAAAUAAAAAAAAAGGAGAUUAAUUAGGGAGGGUGAUUAAUAAUUAUUUUGAAUUUCGAGUUUGGUAUAAAUUGCCCUUUUUUUGGGUUUGGUUUUUGUUUUAGUGAGUGUUAAUUGAUCUGAGUCUUGUAAAUGCAUCAAAUUUUGCAAAGGUACGUUGUUGGUUGUACAUGUUUGGAUUAGUGUAGGUUUCUUUAGUUUUUGCUUAGCAAUGUAAUAUAAGAAUUUUAACAGUGAAAUUGCACACUUUUCCUUUUCUUUCUAA